AUGCCUAAUCAUAAAUUCAGAGUAGCUAUCUGCGGUGGUGGUAUCGGAGGCCUCACGUUGGCUGUAGCUCUAGCAAAGCACCAUGAUAUCGAUGUAGUUAUAUACGAAGCUGCCAAGCGUCUCACCGAGAUCGGUGCCGGUGUUGGCUUGUGGCCCAGAGCGUGGAAAAUACUAAAGGCUCUGGGACUCGACGGCGACCUCGCAGCUGCUUCACUCGAUCCCCCUACUGAAGACCUAGUUACGGCUUUCCAAUAUCGAAAGAGCGAUCGGCCCAAUGGACUGCAUUUUUAUGACCUCCAUACGCAAGGCAACCUCCUCAAAUUUCAUCGAGCAGACUUCCAAGGGGUCCUGUUGAAGCAUCUUCCACCGUCCUCACACACGCACUGUUCCAAACGCCUAGAAUCAUAUAGUCAGUCAAUAGCGGGGCCAGUUGAACUGAAAUUCCAGGAUGGCUCUACAGCGACAUGCGACCUCCUCAUCGGCGCGGAUGGUGUCAAGUCUGCAGUACGAGGUUCGCUGCUAAGGGAACUAGCUAAUCAGGCUGUUAUGGAGGGAAAGCCUGACGUAGCACAGGAAGCUUUGGCUGGAAUUGAUCCUGUAUGGAGUGGGAUGGUUGCCUACAGGGCUCUCAUACCUGCGGAGAGAUUGAGAGCGCUAUCCCCCUCUCAUCGUGCUCUUACCGAACCAACGCAGUAUCUCGGUAAAAACGCGUAUAUUAUCGUUUACCCAAUCUCACAGGGCAACAUUAUCAACCUUGCGGCGUUCAACGUAAGUGGUACGGAAGGUGCUCGAUUUGACGGCCCUUGGGUGAAGGAGGCUACGAAAGAAGCUUUCCAAACUGCUUUUGCAAACUGGGAGGAUGAUGUACAGAUAUUACUUCAGGCUGUCGAUAAAGUCAGCCAUUGGGCUGUUCACACUGUCAGACACUUACCUGCUCUAAACUUCGGGAGAGUUGCUAUUUUGGGCGAUGCAUCACAUAGUAUGGAGCCUCAUCAGGGCUCGGGGGCCGGCCAAGCCAUUGAGGACGCAGCCAUUCUGGCGGCGCUUCUCAGCCAUCCUCAGACCACCAGGGACUCGAUACCUUUGGCUCUCGACGUCUACGACCAGAUUCGUAGACCAUAUUCCAUCAAGAUAUCCCAGUCUUCUCGACUUAAUGGUCGAUACUUCACGUUCCAAUAUGAUGGUGGAGAGGAUUUAGAACACUGCACGGAUGAGGAGCUUAAGGCACGACUGGUAGACUUGGGCCUCGCUUUUACGGAUAACUGGAAAUGGGCGUGGUCGACUACCGUGGAUGGGAUGCUAGCUGAAGCUGUACAGACACUGAAUGACCGGUACGAUAACGUAUGAAGUUUACGCCCGCAAGGUAUGGAUGGAGGUCCAAAAUAGAUAACCUAAUUAUCGCCGUUACCGUGUAUGACAUCUAUAUGUACCCAUAGAGUAACGGUGACCUGUAUAUUAUUGGGCCUUUUUGCACGAU